CGUCAACAAUGUGAGCUCAAGACGUGAUCAUCUACCGUGACAUUUGGCGACAAAUUAAGACUGCUUUGGAUAUUUUUCCCGUCAUCGUCCGUGUUACAACCUUCGUACACCAUCCAAGAAAAAUAUGGCGAAUUCAUCGGAUCCAAAUGAUGACUUUUAUCUGACGAUCAUUCAAGACAAGGAAUAUUGGUUGAGCUUAGCUGUAAUUGGGUUUAUUUUAGCAAUUGUUAUCAUCGUAGGAAACUCCAUUCUCCUGUUUAUAACUUACAAGAAUCCGCGACGUUCACUUCGUACACCGCCAUCUUAUUUGAUCACGAAUCUAAGCGUGUCAGAUUUACUUCUGGGAUUACUGAAUGUCCUCGUCGUCGCUGUGAGAGAUGUCUACAGAUUUCAACUACAACAGAUACCGUCUGCGAUGCUUUUUAGAGCAGUUAUAUACACUGUUGUUACGACCACUUUGUUCGUAAGCUCCUAUUCGAUUAUAGCCAUGUCGCUAACUUGUGACAUCGCAAUCAGCAAGCCGAUGGAAUACAAAUCCAUUAUUACUAAGCGAAGGACCAAGAUUUUUAUAGCUGUGUUGUGGUUGAUAUCGUUAACAACGUGCGUUCUUCCUGUGACAAAUGUUUCGGAGGAAACGUAUACGUUAAUUUAUCUGCACACUCACGCCACUCUGCCGGCCAUUUUAUUGACGGUCAUAUAUGUACAUGUGUUUCGCGCGCUUGGUAAAAGAACUCGCGAACUGCAAGAAGGUGGUUACAACUCGAUAGCUGCAAACUCAUUGGAAAGGAAGCGUGGUAUGGCUGUUACGAUCAUUGUCAUUCUCGUGUUGUUUUACAUCACGUAUAUACCUCAGUAUAUCACUUUACAUUUACUGUACUUCUGCGAAUCGUGUAAAGACUCUAAAACUUUCCACAUGAUUGACGUGGCUUUGUCUCGCUUUUUGUAUAUUAAUUCUGCCGUGAAUCCCUUUGUUUACGCCUGGAGGGUUCCUAAAUAUCGCCGAGCUUUUAGUGACUGCUGGCAGAUGUGCAUUGGUAGGCAUGUUGCUGACGGACCGAGCUCAUAUAUAUCCACGUUUCGCUCCACAAGAAGACAAACUGAGAUAAAUGGCGUAAGCCCAAAUAUUGGACGGAAUAAGCCCCGCGGUUUAAGCGACCCAUCUGAAAUGACCAGUCAGUUUUAGAAUAUAAGCUGAAGAAAAAAAGGAUCCCAUAUGUUGACAAGAAGUCUGUGUCGAAAGGAUCUCAUUGCUGUAGAUCAACGAAAGAGUAUCCGGCAGGAAACUUUAAUGCAAUUUUCAAGCUCUUCAAUUCAAUCCGUUCCAUUCCAUCCUCAGCCAUUAGUAAGCUAUCUCUGUAAAAUAACGAUUCUGUUGUGUUUUUCUUUCUUACAGAACUAACAUUUCCCAAUAUUCUUUAAGUUGUGGCAAAUGUAUACGAUGCUUAUAUAAUUUAAAACUAUUUAUAUGCCGUUUCCUCUAGUAGAAUAAAAUAAAAACUGAAAAGCAAAGUUAAGUUCGUGUCAAUCUAGUGGCUAAAAGCCAAGAUUUAUCUAAGGUUCAAAGGGAUUUUAGUUUGUCAAAAUAAUACUAAUCAAUUGUAUCUGUCGUGUAAAUAAUUCUUGAACAACUUUAGUGGACAAUAUUUUACCUGAGAUAUAGAACACGCACUGACCUAAAAAUACGAAUUCAUUUUGGCUUGAAGCAGUUAUUUUAGAAACAUAUGGUUGAUAAACUCUAGUAUAGUGGUUAUAUGAUAGAAAGUUAAAAAAAAAAUAGCCUGUGGCCAACAACUUCAGAUUACAUUAAAUUCCUUGGCCUUUCACUUCGUCACGGUGUGCAAAUACAAUAAAACCCUCCUACUGUAUACCUGUGGAGAGUCUGGGUGACAUUUCCAAAUGCAGAGCGGACUAAACUUAUAUUUUUCAAGGAACUAUGUGGGCAUAAAUUUCUAAAGAGGGUUAUUGAAACGGAUAUUUGGUCUUGUUCAACACAGCUAAUAUUGUGCUCUGUGAUGAAAUGCACCAGACUGGAACAUGAUAUCUUAAGAGUCACUCUACCUAACCACCGCGUAAGCGGCGGCACAAGGUCGGAGAAAUAGCCCCCUCGAUAUUUCGUCCAGAGAUAACCUCUAGUAUGCUAACAAUCGUGAUAUGAGUCUUAGGUUCUAGUGUUUUUACAGUUUUGAGGAAAUUACGAAAAACCGUCGACCACCCGUGAAGCCGAAAAAUCACAGAAAUGAGGUCAAAUUUCAUGAUCAGAUAAUCUAACUCGCGUGAAGGCGCAUAGCAAAUUAUGGUUUUCCUUAGUUUGUAAUUUUAUAAAUUGAUUAGCUGCAUAAAACAUGAUUGGCUUCAUAUUUUAAACACCAUUUUAUAAAAAAAUAGUAGAUUUUAUAAAAAAAAUAGUAGCUGAAUAUGGGCUGUAAUGGCACUCCAUAAACAUCUCAAAAUAUACUCGGUAUUAUGUAGAAUUCUUUCAAAAUUAAA